UGGAUAAGAAAAAUGAAAGCCCUUUGCAUGUAGCAAUGUACUCGUGGUUUGCUCUUGGCCACCUUACAUCAUUCCUACAAUUAGCAAACAAACUAGCUAAGAGAGGUCACAAAAUCUCUUUUUUCCUCCCAACUAAAACCCAACCCAAACUAACACCUCACAAUCACCAUCCUCACCUUAUAACCUUCAUCCCGAUCGAGGUGCCCGCCGCCAACGGGCUACCUUCCGGGGCCGAGACAACCGCCGACGUACCCUACGAGGACCGGUCUCUAAUCAUGGCCUCUAUGGACUUGACCCAGGAUACCAUUGACUCCUUCCUUGGUCAACUCAAACCCGAUCUAGUCUUCUUUGACUUUACCGAGUGGCUACCCGGACUGGCCCGUAAACACGGGGCCAAGUCCGUGUACUACGCCACAAUGUUCACGGUUAGCGGGGCUUAUUUCUUGCCCCGGGCUAGGGCUCAACCCGGCGGUCAGGACUUGACACGGCCGCCACCUGGAUUCCCUUCCUCCAAGUCGGACAUGAUCACCUUGCGGGCCCAUGAGGCCCGCGAGGUGGGGUACGCUGUAACCCAUAUGGAAUUUGGUGGGAAAGGAAAGACGUUGAUUCAAAGGCAUGCCGUUGCUCUAGAAGCAUGUGAUGCCUUUGCAGUCAAGAGUUGUAGGGAGAUGGAGGGGGUUUAUAGUGAUUUUAUUCAAUCGGUGUACGGAAAGCCCGUGUUAUUGGCCGGGCCGGUGGUGCCAAAACCACCAGCAGCUAGGUUGGAUGACCAGCUGUUAGGGUGGCUUAACGGUUUUGAUAAGGGUAGUGUGAUCUAUUGUGCACUUGGGAGUGAAUGCUUUCUAAGUAAGGACCGUUUUCAAGAGUUGCUUCUUGGUCUUGAACUCACAGGCAAGCCGUUUUUUGCUGCUCUGAAACCACCAAUCGGUAACGUAACGGUAGAGUCUUGUUUACCGCAAGGGUUUGUAGAGAGAACAAAGGGAAGAGGAGUUGUUCAUGGGGGUUGGGCACAACAACAACUAAUCCUACAACAUCCUUCAAUUGGAUGCUUUGUGACACAUUGCGGCGCCGGAUCUUUAUCGGAAGCUAUGGUUAGUGAUUGUCAAUUGGUAUUGUUACCUCAAGUUACCGAUCAAUUCAUCAAUGCUAGGAUGAUGAGUUUGGACUUGAAAGUUGGGAUUGAAGUCGAUGAGAAAUUAGGGAAUAAUAAGGAUGGAAUUUGUAAGGCAAUUAAGGAGAUUAUGGACCUAAAGAGUGAUGUAGGAAGGGAAACAAAGAAUAAUCGUAAGAAAUGGAGGGAAUUCUUGUUGGGAAAUGGGCUUGAAGAGUCUUACAUUAGUGGAUUUAUUGAGAAUCUAAGAAGUUUGGUUGGAUGAAAGUAAGGCGAUAUAUGGUGUAGACGAGAUUCGAUCUUAAAUCUUGGGUACUAUUUCCUCGAUUAAUGCUUUACCAACUAAGCUAGAGUAGUUGACAUCCGCACCUCUAUAGUCUUUUCACUUUUCUUUUUAUCCUUCUAACAAGUGUUGUGCAGCUCGAUCGAUGUCUCGAGUUGCUAUUUAAAUAUAUACCAUACUAUGAUUGAUCAUUGAUAAUUAUUUUUGAAAGGUUCUACUUUCGUAUGUGAUUGAUCCCUGAAUAAUAGGAGGAAUUGUAUUUUUCUUUUUGAAAUGUUUUUAUGUAAUAUUUAUUCAUUUAUAUAUUGCUUUACUGUAU